GUUCGCCCGCGCGCCCUCCCGCAGCCGAGGCCUGAGGGCGGCGAUGCGGCGCUAUUGGAGGGCGGCGCUGCUGUGUUCGGCUCUGGCCUUCAUCAUCUUCUAUGUCUUCAACGAGAUUGCCAGGGCCGAGGACGGAGUUCGAGACGCGGCCGCUGCGGAUGGCAGAGGCCCAGCUCGAGGGCGGGCACGGGCCGGGGGCCUGACGCCCAACAGGUGUAAGGAUGUGUCUGUUUCUUUCUGGAAUCCAUAUUGGAUGCUGCCCACUGGUGUUUGUGCAGUGAACUGCUUUUGGGAAUCUGCGUUUAGACAUGAAGCAAAAACUUGGAGCCCUGCAAGCUCAUCGAAAGAACCUUCACGGAGGAUGCAUCUGGCCGUGGUAACUUGUGGACAGAGAUUGGAAGAAACUUUAACAAUGCUGAAGUCUGCCAUUUUAUUUAGUCAGAAACCACUUCAUUUUCACAUAUUUGCAGAGGAUGAACUUCAUAAGAAGUUCAAUAGUACGCUGGAAAUCUGGAAGAAAGCUUUCCAUCAGCAGUUUAAUCACACUAUCUACCCAAUAACAUUUCCUGAUGAAACUGCAGGGAUAUGGAAGAAGUUGUUCAAGCCUUGUGCUUCUCAGCGACUCUUUCUACCUUUGAUCCUCAAGGAAGUGGAUUCUUUGCUCUACGUAGACACGGACAUUCUUUUUUUGCGUCCUGUGGACGAUAUAUGGGCAUUUCUUGAGGAUUUCAAUCAUACUCAGAUUGCUGGAAUGGCGCCAGAACAUGAGGAGCCACGAAUUGGCUGGUACAACCGUUUUGCCAGACAUCCAUACUAUGGAAAGACUGGAAUCAAUUCUGGCGUUAUGUUAAUGAACAUGUCCCGUAUCCGGAAAAAAUACUUUAAGAAUGAUAUGACAAAUGCCCGGCUGAAAUGGGAAGAUUUACUUUUGCCUCUCUUCAAGAAAUACAAGCUCAACAUUACUUGGGGAGACCAAGAUUUACUCAAUAUUAUUUUCCAUCAGAACCCAGAAAGCCUGUUUAUUUUUCCAUGUCAGUGGAAUUAUCGACCUGACCACUGUAUGUAUGGCAGCAACUGCAAAGCAGCAGAGGAUGAAGGAAUCUUUGUUCUUCAUGGAAAUCGUGGCGUCUACCAUGAUGGAAAGCAGCCUGCUUUCAGGGCUGUGUAUGAAGCAAUAAAAAGUUAUCCUUUUGGGAAUGAUCCCAUCCGUUCACUCCUACAUCCACUUGAAAAAGAAUUGCAGAAAACUACAAAUACAUAUUGUGGAAGGAUCUACCAGGUCUUUACACGGCAGCUGCUGAAAAGUCUAAGAACUUUACAAGACAAAAUUUCAAGAACAUGAUUUUGAUAAAUGACUAAAGGCUUUAUUUUCUCCCAGUGUUUCUUUUACGGCAGGGACCUGAGUUUUCACAAGACCUAAAUAAAUGACUGGAGGGUCUUAAAAUUUUGAAGUGAGAUAAGUGAAAGAGUUCACAAUAAGUACUGUCUAUAUUGAAACCUCAAGAAUGACUUAUGAAUGUAAUCAUCAUCUCAUACUUGAGCACUAAUUAACCUAAAUUGAAGAAUUUAUUUAGUGGAAGACAUUGUUUACAGAGAAAGGGAUGUUAUUCCAUCAUGUGAAGAUUUACUAGAAUUGUCGACAAUCUGCAUGAUGUGCUUUUCAUUAUGAAGUUAUGGCAAUUAAUCUCUUGUUAUGUAUUGCAAAGUAAAGGCCGAAGUGUUUUAUACGUUUAUGACAAUCAGGUCUUGAAGAGUGCACUGCAUUAGGUGCUUUUUGCCUCCAGUGUAAGGAUCAGUUAAGGUCACAUUUUGGCAACAUAAUAAAAUGCAAAAUUAGUGUUCUGAAUAGAUUGCUUGUCUGACGAUUGGUAGAAACUGAGCAAGUUAACUUCAAUUGCAAUAUUUCCAGCUAUAAAUAUAUAUUAGUCAACAUGCCAUUUGCAGAUACAUUAUACUUCAUUCAAAAAGCACACAAUUUAUGGACAGUCAGUCAAUGUGGCAUUUUGUAAAUUCCUACUUUAGAAAUAAAACCAGUCUGACUCCAAACCAAAACACAAACAGAUUCUAGACAAGGCCUCACACCUAAUAUGCAUUGUCUGACCUAAAAUGUCACCUCUUCUUUACUCUGACAAAACUUUUAGUCCUCACCCAGGACAGUGACUUGAAAGGAAUUUGGGGAUUUACACAUACAUGUUAAUCAAUUAAAACCGUCUAACUGAUUAAAGAUUUAAUAGCAUCUUAGGUUGGUUUAAUACAUCCUCAUCAGUGGUGAGACCCUUUGAUUUUUUACGUAUAAAUUCUGUGUCACUACCACCUCUCUCUCACUAACACCUCAAGAAGGAGCAAAGCUCCAAAAGCUUGUAUUUUCAAAUAAACAUGUUGGACUAUAAUCUGGUGUUGUGUGAUUUCUGACCUUGUCCACCCCAGUCCAACACCAGCACCUCCACAUCAUUUAUUCUUUCAUUAACCCUUUUUCAGAUUUGCAUAACUAGAAUCAAAUUACUUUAUGCAUUGGUGAAUCUAAGUUUGGACAGUUUACAUAGAUGAACUUGCACAUGAAAUGUAAAGAUGCAAAACUCAGUAAAUAACUUCCUAUCUAAUUUACUGCAAGUCAGUUGAGAUUAAUUUUGUAGCUGAUAUGACAGGAAAAGAAACCACCGUGAAUGCACCUCCUAACUAGCCACUUGACAGUUAACUAAUGGACGUGACAGAGUUUAGCAGGAACCACCAGCCCAAUAUUGUUUGAAAUCUUUCUGGGAAUUCUCAGUUUUUGUAAACUAAAUAUUCUGACUAAUAGCAUAAAGUUGGAAUAAAAGUAGUUUAGAAUUGUGAAUAAAUACUUAAGAUUUAUAUUGUUUGCCUCACAUAGUAAUAUCAGAUUCAUGUACUACUGUUGAAAUGCAGUGACUUCGUAGGUAAGGCGGCAACAGUUCUGCAUGAGCAAUUUACUUAAAUUUCAGUGGGAAUUCCAGAAGUAAUUCAUUUUUACUAUUGUAGGCAUAACAUGAGUGAUAAUGUGAAAACAACUAGAUUUGUUGAAUACUGUGCUAUGUUGAAUCUUGCCAUGAUCUCUUUACAGAGAUUCAACCAUUAAUUGUAUUAAUUAUUUCUUCCCUUUUACCUUCCCCUAAACUGAAUGAAUGUGUAUACACUUAUUGGAAACCUGCUUUUGUCACUAUAUUGUAGUGUUUAUUGCCCAGGUAGAUAUUACCAAUGUUAGAACUGUGGGCUUGGAAAUUGCAACAAUUAUAGGACUCUAACUCUGAAUUCAACUUCAUUUGAAUUAGCUGAGUUGAGUUGCAACAGAACAGAAUAUUGUUUACAUCUGGCUUCUUACUCUGGAAUUCAGCUAACUUUAGUGUUUUUUGUAUUUAGAAAUACUUGUUUGACUUUAUUGCUAAUGUUGUAGUCUUCACGUAUGUUGCUAACUGGAAAUGUGCUAAACUUUACCAGAGUAAAGAAACCUUGUGCUAAUAUUGCCUGACGUGGCAGUCUGUUGAAAGCAACUUUGGAGAGCGUUUGAAUUAUAUGAAGUGCCUUGCUAAUCACAGAAGUUGAACAUAAGCUGUUAAAUGCACUUCUUGAAAACAAAAUAAGUUGGAUAAAUGCUUUUCAGUUUCUUUCUUAAUACUUGGAUAUUUGCCUCAUAUUUGGUGGUAAAUUAAGAAUUUAACCACUAUUCCGUUAGUGUUUAUAAUUUCACUGCUUUCAGAUUGAAAUCUCUGGUGUAAACAAGCUAUUUGUAAACAGAUUUUUACAUCUAGAAUCUUUUUAAUAAUAGAUUAUAUAUGUGAAAACAAUUGUAAUGUUAAACAUUAAUAUGCAAUUUUAUGUGCUUUUUUUAUUCCAAUAAAGUUGAAUAUGAAAUCUAAAGUGAA